UCCCUUCUCCCCAGGCGUCGCCACUAAUUCCGAGUUUGAGGUGCAUUUUUUCAGAUAGAAAUGAAUAGAGAGACAUAUCUCCAAAGCCAACAUGUACAUCUGAUUAGCCCCAUUUUACAGAUGAGGAAACUGCAGCACAGAAAGGUCAAAGUAUUCAUCCAAGGGCACAGAGCUGGCAAGUACUUGAACUGAGAUGCAAAUCCAGACCGUCCGACUCCUAAGUCAGCGCAUUCCUUUCGCUACGCUCCAUGUGUACAAUUUUAUGGAUGAAGAAACCGAGGCUCACAUUGGUCCCGGCGCAGUCAGAACCACGCGGCUCACAGUCCAGCUUAGGAGAGGCAGGGAUGUCUGGCUUGCACCAGAGGCUGCGCGGAGGAGAGGGCCUCGAGCGCCGCGGAUCCGGGGUCGGGCGGGACCAUCCCGGCCGGGGCGCGCCCCCGCCGCUCGGUCCCGGCGCCGCCCCGCCCCCUCCGAGCCGGUCCGCGGGCUGGGGUCCCGGAGUCCCCAGCACCGGUCGGGCCGCGCGCCGGCCCAGGGACAGUGCCCGGGAGCGACGGCUGCCUCCGGACCGGGCUGGCACCGCCUCGGCUUCGCCCCUCGAGCCGUCGGCGGGCGCCCGGCACGCAGGGACGGCCAGGCCCGCAGCCCCGGGGUGGGUGGCCCCGGCAGCAGGAGUUGGGGUGGGCCGCCCCCGGGGGCCGCCGAGGGGCGCGGGCAGCGCGCGUGGCGGGCGGGGCGGGGGCGGGGCGCCGGGCGGAGCCGGGCCGAGGCGGCAGUGUCCGGAGCCCGGCUCAGGGGCUGUAGUGGCCGCCGCGGAGCGAGGCUGCCUCGAGAGAGCGCCCGGGCGCAGGAGGGUAAACGGGCCGCCGGGGCUGCGCAGAGAAGAGAUCACCCCCUCCAUGCCCAGAUGCCUGAGUAGUGGCGUGUUGGCUUCCGGUCCCCUCCUCCUUUGCCCCAGGGCCAUCAAGGGAGGAGUGAUGGAGAAUUGGGCAGGCAGGCCCGGGUUGUAUCUGAUGCUGCUUCUGUCCCUCCCUCAACUCUGCCUGGAUCAGGAGGUGUUAUCUGGACACUCUCUUCAGACAGCCCCUGAGGAGAGCCAAGGCCCUGAGGGCGUCUGGGGUCCUUGGGACCAGUGGGCCUCUUGCUCUCAGCCCUGUGGGGUGGGGGUGCAGCGCAGGAUCCGGACAUGUCAGCUCCCUACAGAUCAACUCCACCAGGGCCUGCCCCUCCCACCCCGGCCCCCAAGACAUCCAGAAGCCCUGCUCCCUGGGGGUCAGGGCCCCAGACCCCAGACUUCCAGAGCAACCCUCCCCCUGUACAGGCCACAGCCUCGGGGAACAAGUGGCCCACUUGGAGGUCCUGUUUCUCAGUUAGGGAGAGAGGAGGCCCAGGAGAUUCAAGGAGCCAGGAGGUCCCGGGUUCGAGACCCCAUCAAGCCAGGAAUGUUUGGUUAUGGCAGAGUGCCCUUUGCUUUGCCGCUCCAUCGGAACCGCAGGCACCCCCGGAGGUCACCCAGAUCUGAGCUCUCCCAGGCCUCAGAUCUUCCAUCCCUGACUCCAAGAGCAGAGCCAUCCUCUGCCAACCACACCCCUCAAACUCAGCUCCCUCGUACAGAACUGUCUGCCCACACCCCAUCCCUGCCAGCAGAACCCCAAAGCCCCGAAAUGGCUCAGACAGAGGUGCCAUCUAGAACCAGGCCUGACCCCACAUGGCCCCACCCCAGAGCCCAGGCCUCCGGCACAGAGCCUCCCUCAUCCAUCUUUUCCCCAGGAGAAAGUAGCUCCUUCCAUGUGUCCCCUCAGCCGGGAAUGCCGAGUUCCCAGGGUUGGGCCAGCCCCCGGGUGACAGAGAGAUACCCUAAUCCUUUCCUUUCUGUCCCUUGGGGCCGAGGCCAGCAGAGCCGGGAGCACUGGAGACCUGGGGGGCAUCUUCACAGGUCCCUCACAGAGCCUGCCCCGCACCACCCAGCUGGCUGGUUGCCUCUGCUGAGUGCUGGCCCCCAUUCCAGCUCCCUCUGGAGCCUCUUUGCUCCCAGUAGCCUUGUUCCAAGAUGUUCUGGGGAGAGUGAGCAGCUGAGAGCCUGCAUCCAAGUGCCCUGCCCCCCUGAGCAGCCAGACCCCCGGGCCCUGCAGUGUGCAGCCUUUGACUCGCAGGAGUUCAUGGGCCAGCUCUACCAAUGGGAGCCCUUCACAGAAGUCCAGGGCUCCCAACGCUGUGAACUGAACUGCCGCCCCCGUGGCUUCCGCUUCUAUGUCCGUCACACCGAAAAGGUCCAGGAUGGGACCCUGUGUCAGCCCGGAGCCCUAGACAUCUGUGUGGCUGGACGCUGCCUGAGCCCCGGCUGCGAUGGGAUCCUCGGCUCUGGCAGGCGUCGAGAUGGCUGUGGAGUCUGUGGGGGUGAUGAUUCUACCUGUCGCCUCGUCUCGGGGAACCUCACUAACCGGGGGGGCCCUCUGGGCUAUCAGAAGAUCUUGUUGAUUCCUGCUGGAGCUUCCCGCCUCCAGAUUGCCCAGCUCCGGCCCAGCUCCAACUACCUGGCACUUCGAGGCCCUGGGGGCCGGUCCAUCAUCAACGGAAACUGGGCUGUGGAUCCCCCUGGGUCCUACACGGCCGGUGGGACUAUCUUCCGGUACAACCGUCCUCCUCGAGAGGAGGGCACCGGGGAGAGUCUGUCAGCCGAGGGCCCCACAACCCAGCCUGUGGAUGUCUAUAUGAUCUUUCAGGAGGAAAACCCAGGUGUUUUUUAUCAGUAUGUCAUCUCUUCACCUCCUCCAAACCCUGAGAACCCCACCCCAGAGCCCCGUAUCCCCCAACUGCAGCCUGAGAUGUUAAGAGUAGAGCCCCCACCAGCUUCAGCACCCCGCCCUGCCCGCACCCCGGGCACCCUCCAGCGUCAGGUGCGGAUCCCCCAGAUGCCUGCCCCACCCCACCCCAGGACUCCCCUGGGGUCUCCAACUGGAUACUGGAAACGAGUGGGGCACUCUGAGUGCUCCGCAUCCUGUGGAAAAGGUGUUUGGCGCCCUGUCUUCCUCUGCAUUUCUCGUGAGUCAGGAGAGGAACUGGAUGAACGCAGCUGUGCCUUGGGCGCCAGGCCCCCAGCCUCCCUAGAACCCUGCCAUGGUCCCCCAUGCCCCCCAUACUGGGAGGCUGGCGAGUGGACGUCCUGCAGCCGCUCCUGUGGCCCUGGCACCCAGCACCGCCAGCUGCGCUGCCGGCAAGAGUUUGGUGGGGGUGGCUCCCCAGUGCCUCCAGAGCGCUGUGGACAUCUCCCCCGGCCCAACAUUACCCAGCCCUGUCAGCUGCGCCUCUGUGGCCACUGGGAGGUUCGUUCCCCCUGGAGCCAGUGCUCUGUGCGGUGCGGGCGUGGCCAGAGGAGCCGGCAAGUUCGCUGUGUUGGAAACAACGGUGAUGAAGUGAGUGAGCGGGAGUGUGCUUCAGGCCCCCCGCGGCCCCCCAACAGAGAGGCCUGUGACAUGGGGCCCUGUACCACGGCCUGGUUCCACAGUGACUGGAGCUCCAAGUGUUCAGCUGAGUGUGGGACAGGAAUCCAGCGACGUUCUGUGGUCUGCCUCGGGAGUGGGGAGGCCCAUGGAGUGGGCCAGGAGGAAACAGGAACAGGAACCAGUGAGCAAAGCUGUGCACCAGGGAGCCGCCCCCCUGACAUGCGUGCCUGCAGCUUGAGGCCCUGUGAGAUGACAUGGUGCUGGUACACGGGGCCCUGGACUGAGUGCUCCUCAGAAUGUGGCUCUGGCACACAGCGUAGAGACAUCAUCUGUGUGUCCAAACUGGGGACUGAGUUCAAUGUGACAUCUCCUAGCAACUGUGCCCACCUGCCCAGGCCCCCCGCCCUGCAGCCCUGUCAGGGGCAGGACUGCCAGGACCGAUGGUUUUCUACAACCUGGAGUCCGUGUUCUCGUUCCUGCCAGGGGGGCAUUCAGACAAGGGAGGUCCAGUGCCUGACUGCCAACCAGACCCUCAGCAUCCGAUGCCCUGCUCACCUGCGGCCCUCCAGGAAACGACCCUGUAACAGCCAACCCUGCAGCCAGCGCCCUGAUGAUCAAUGCAAGGACAGCUCUCCACAUUGCCCCCUGGUGGUACAGGCCCGGCUCUGCGUCUAUCCCUACUACACAGCCACCUGUUGCCGCUCUUGUGCCCAUGUCCUGGAGCGGUCUCCCCCGGAGCCCGCCUGAAAUGGGUCCGGAAGACCCUCUCCUCAUGGUUUUCUCAUGCUCCCAUCAGUCACUCAUCAAUCAGCUCACUCUGUACCCUCUGGCUCUUCAGCCUGUCCUAGUCUCACCAGAGAUGUCCCCCAGGGUGGUUAAAGGUGGCAAGAUGACUUACAGUGACUAUCAAGAUCGGUGGUUGGGUCUGUGUGGUGGUGUGAUGGUGUGUGUGCACAUGUGCGCCCAAAUGUGUUUCUGGGCCUGCAUGGAUGUGUGUGCACUCAUAGGUGUGUAUCACUUCUCAAAAAGAAGUUAGACUGAGAAGGAAUGGGGAGGGGACAAUGCCUGUGUCCCUGAGACUUUUCAAGGCUGAGAGGAAAGCAAGUUUACAGCUCCUUAGUAAUCUGAACUGCUUAGCAACUGGCUUCUCCAUCAGUUCCAACAUUGUGCCCUAAACCUCAUUUCUCAUGUUCAGGCCUCAUAUCUUCGAAACCACCCUUUUGUCCUCUGACCCCUUCUCCCCUUACCUAGUCUCUCUGUCCCUACCUCUCUCAAUUAGCUAGGGAUGGGGGUCACCCCAGGAAGAGAGACUGCCUCCCCAGAGCAGGGACCAGCUGGGCAGGGGAAGGAAAAGAGAAAGGUUAGAAUAAGACACCCUUGCCCCUGCUUCCGCUCCCCACCUCCUAAAAUGGUUCCCACCCCAGAACUAAUUUAUUUUUUAUUAAAGAUGAUUAUGACAAAUGAGAAACAGGCUCUUUAUUGUCCUCAUGGGAACCCAGCCAUACGGGCCACCUAAGCAAGCAGUGUGAGGUCAGAAUGAAGGGUGGGAAGGGGCCCAGCACUUAGAGCCCAGGCGGGGAGAGUUUGGGUCCAGAAAAGGGAAUGAGUGAGCCCCAGUCACUGCCUUGGUCAGAGCGACAGGAUCCUGGCCCUGCAGGUUGGGCACUGACCACUAGAGGUCACCACUUCUCCCAGCUUAGGUAUGGAGUUGAGAGCUUGGGUCCAGAGGUGAGGAAAAAACUGCGUAGUCUCUGGUGGGUUUCUUGGUAGGCUGAGUCUUUCUGUAAAGACUCUUGGAAUCUAGCAGCACUUCUUUUAAUUUGUAGCCGAGCUGAAUGGCAGCUGGCUUUUCAAGGGUUUUUUUUCCUGUUCCCUUCUUUCCCCCUGCCUUCCUGCCUCCCCCAUCCUUUCUGUUAUUAUCCAUUUCCUUAUUAAGCUCUUGGUUUAUUGCUUUUCACUGGGUGAGGGGAAAGGAAGUGAUUUCCGGCCCCUCCUUCCCUCAGCAGUAAUGGCUGGAGGAGGCGGAGCCUUGCCUGGCUCUCCGGGACUUGGGAGGGCGUAGUUGCAGGAGGAGCCAUGGCAGUACAGGAUGUCCUGCCAAAGACACAUUCUUCAGAGAUGCCUCACCCUAGUCUCCUCCCUCCCCCACCCGUUUCAUCUCAAGGUAAAUAGCUUGCUAGAGGUGGUGUGAGAGCCAGCAGUCUUUUCCAUAAUACACAUCCUCUCCCUGACCCCUACAAUUCUGAGGUCUGAAUCCAGGUCUCCACUUCUGGAAGCCACACUUCCUAGGGGUCCCUCAGCCUAGGAAGGGGGGCACUUCAACAGAACCAGACUCCUCUCCCCGUUGGAAGCUUUCCUCCCCCGAUCCCUGCCCCUCCACAAGUAUGGCUGAGGAAGACCAUUAAUAAAGGCCGGCAGAAACAGUUGAACUGAGUGACUACUAUUUCCUGAGCACACCCGGACCCUGUGAAAGACGCCAGCCUUGCCUGAGAAGGCAGGACUUCUCUCUCUAGCAGCUCCCUCAUGUCAUCCUCUUGCUCAGGCUUUCCCUGGGUUGGAAGUGGCUGAGAAGGAAGACUUUGGACAACACCUUGGGAGGAGGGCGGUUGAGGAAGGAGGCAAAGGGAAUGGAGGAAAGGAAAAUGAAACUGACUUUAGCCCAGGGCGAGGAGCAGGGAAAGGGGGUUCAAGGAAAGCCUGUCUCUGCCCGGCCUAGAGGGAGGUGUCAGGUGUGUUCCUCUCUCUGGUGAACCUGUUAGGGGAUCAAAGAUGUGGGGAACCAGGGAAGUGGGACCUGAGUGAGCCCUGUAGAUACUGAGAACUGAAGGCGGAGUCCUAAAACCAAGGGAGGCCCUCCCCCAGCGAUUCCUGGAAGCUUCGCUGGCUGGGCGGUGGCCCCAACUCAGCUGACUUCCCCGAACAAGUUCCUCCUCUCUCUUACAGAGCCUCACAGGGCUGUUGCUGGGCAGGU